CCUCGACCAAGACGUUGCAAGCUUACACUCACCACUCAUUCACGCACAACAAUGCUUCCUCGACGCGUCAGCAGGCUGUCCUGGGCAAAGAUCGGUGCCCAGCGCACUCUGAUCACCGGCCCCCCACCCGACCUCCCGGCAGUGCACCACACGACGCCGACGUCGACGCCGCUCCCAACACCGACCCCGCUGCCGGCGUUCACGCCGCUGCCGUCGCUGCAUGCGCCCCCCGGCGGCUGGGGCAAGAUCCUCCACUCGAUGGACGACCCGGGCCACGAGCGCUCGCCCGUCUACGUCGCCGGCCAGGAGAAGGAGCGCAUGGCGCGCAACACGCGCAUGAGCUCGCCCCUCCGCCGCGGCGCCCAUGAGUCGUGGUGGUCGGCCGACCAGGGCUGGUUCAACGCCGUCGCGGCCACUAUCCCCACGUACCGUGUCCUCGACGAGGAGGGCCGCCCGGUCAAGGGCGCCGUUGUUCCCGAGAUCACCAAGGAGGAGGCACUCAAGAUGUACCAUGUCAUGGCCCUCGUCCCCGUCGUCGACAACAUCCUGUACCAGUCCCAGCGCCAGGGACGUAUCUCGUUCUACAUGCAGUGUGCCGGUGAGGAGGCCGCCAUUGUCGGCAGUGCCGCCGCCAUGCAGCCCGGCGACGAGGUGUUUAGCCAAUACCGUGAACAAGCCGCGUUCCUCUACCGUGGCCUCUCCCUCAACAGGAUGAUGGCCCAGUGCUUCUCCAACGUCGAAGACGACUCGAGCAAGGGUCGCAUGAUGCCCGUCCACUACUGUGCCCCCGACCUCGGCAUCCACAACAUCACCUCGCCCCUCGCGACCCAGUUGCCACAGGCGGCCGGCGCAGCAUACGCGCUCAAGCUCGACGAGGACCGCCAGGGUGACUGUGUCAUCUGCUACUUUGGCGACGGUGCUGCGUCAGAAGGUGACUUCCACGCCGCGCUCAACAUGAGUGGUGUGCUCGGCGGCCCAGCCGUGUGGUUCUGCCGCAACAACGGUUUCGCCAUCUCCACCCCCGUCAUUGACCAGUACGCUGGUGACGGUAUCGCGUCGCGUGGCCCAGCAUACGGCCUCGACACGAUACGUGUCGACGGAAACGAUGCCCUUGCCGUCUACGCGGCGGUCAAGGAGGCCCGUCGCCGUGCCGUCGAGGGCAAGAAGGGUGUUCUCGUCGAGGCCAUGUCGUACCGUGUUGGUCACCACUCGACCAGUGACGACUCGAGCAAGUACCGCCCGAUCGAGGAGGUCCAGGAGUGGCAGGUUGUUGACAACCCCAUCUCGCGUUUCCGCAACUGGCUCGUUGACCAGGGCUGGUGGAGCGAGGCCGAGGACAAGGCCAUGCUUCAGAAGAACAAGAAGGAGGUUCUGGCCACCUUUAACCGCGCCGAGAAGAUGCCCAAGCCCAAGCUCAGUGAGAUGUUCAACGACGUCUGGGCUGUCGGCCCUGGCGAGAAGAUGCCUGCGGUCAUUGCCGAGCAGCGCGCCGAGCUUGGUGGCCUGCUCAAGAAGUAUGGCACGGCGUGGGAGCCUUGGCGCAAGGAGCUCAAGCGGUUUGUCGAGGAGGGCGAGGACGUCAUGGAUAGCUUUGGAAAGUCUAACUAGUUGGUACCAAAUAGCAUGUAUUGUACGGUGUAGUGGACGUGAAAA